AUGAGUGAGCUGACUUUACUGGAAGGAAUGGCUAAUUGCGGGGGUUGGAGCGAGGAACCUGUAUCCAGGGAUAAACAGCGACCACCGAUUUACAACCCAGAAGAUUACGCGACGUCCCUCAAAAAAUGGGGCAAGAAGACAGGAACAGGCAGUUUAUAUGACCUGGAUCCCGGACAGGAUCCAAAUAAGGCAAGAACACUACCCACGCCGGGCAGUAAGGAUUUCAGGAAUCCAUGUCUUAACCUCAGUGAGGAGAUGAGUCUCCGUCAGUUCGGCACGCCCAGCGAAUUACUUACCAAAUUAAGAGCAGAUCUCAGGCUUUCGUUUCCAAGUUUCGUGCAAGAGUUCGCGUGUGAGCCGCUAGAUGGCGUUACUUUGCUACUGGAAUUACUCCGAAACAUUCAGCUCAGUCAAACGGGAGAUGCGGCACGGGGUCCACCUGCAGUGAGACGAAGGCCACUGUUAGAUGAACUGGCUUGCCUACAAUGCCUUUGGAGCUGUUGCACUCGUUACUCCGACUGCGUGAGACGUCUCGUGGCUUGUUCAAAUGGGGUUUACGCACUUACAGUCUGCAUUAUGUCCACCGUUAACAAGACCAGAGUACUGGCUUUGCAGCUCCUAACAAAAGCGUGCUACCCACCAGCAAGCGGUCACAGUAUGAUAUCGGAAGCAUUAUCUACAUUACGUCUCCGUUUCGGAGAGCCGGUCCGAUUCAGAUUCUUAGUUGGGAUGCUGCAAAGCGCUGCCGGAUCCGGUGACUUACAAGCAGCGGGCUUAGCCUUCAUAAAUGCACUAUUAGCCAGUGCACCUACCCCUCAAAGAAAGCUUUAUAUUCAGGCAGAAUUGGAGCAAGCUGGAUUCGAUAUUGUCACUUUGAAGAAGACUGUCGCCAAGUUGCCAAAUAUAAAUGAAAACGUUAGCACUGAGAUAGAGAACUAUGAAAAGCAACUGAUCGAUAUUGACACGCUCAAUGAAAAAGCUAACGAGGCGCUCAAGGAAAAAGAUGAUCUUAGGAGCAAACUCGAAUUACUGGAAAAAAGAGUCAAGAUACUACAAGAAGAGAAAGGAAUAUUACUGUCCUUAGAAAAAUGUCUCCAAGAGAAGUGCUGUGAACUACAAGAGGAAGUCAGCACGCUUAGAUCCGAACACGGCAAUCCUAAUAGAAAGAAGAGCUUUGUUACUAAGAAAAAAAACUCGACGCAUAAAAAUAGAGACGAAUCAUCUCCACCGGAAGACGAAGGCAUAAGUUCUUCUGAACGCUCCUUAAGCCCCGAAGCCGACCCACAGCGAGAUUCAAGUGUCUACGAAGUUUUUAACAUUAAAAACGAAACAUUCGAUCUGAUGCGUAACAAACGUACUCUACACAAAAAAUUAGAGAUCGCUAAAAAGAACGAAAAGAAAUCAUCCGACGAAGACGACGAAACCACUAUAGACGAAGUUAUACAAGAAUUAAGGAACAUAGUCAAUCAUGCGGAAACAGGAAAGUAUAGAGAUAGACCAUACGAUGAUAGGUCUAGGUGUAAUGAUGAUUCAGAAAUAACGAUGCCGAUGGACUAUCAGAAACAAAAGUCUGAUAAAGAAGAUUCAAUCACGAGCACAAGACACAGCAUCCAAAUAACGAACAAAGAUUUAGACGAUGAAAAUGACAACGAACCUGAAAUAGUGCCUAGCAAAAUACUACCCCAUCCACCGAGAAAAGCCAAAAGCUUAAUACACUUAUUCGUCCCACCGGUAGAACAAGGAUUGUUAUACAGUAAAGCUCCAGAUCUUUUAGAAGAUAACAACUUCUAUUCAAGUGAUGAAGGAUCCGAUUCCUUGCUAAGUGCUUCCCGUUGCCAAAAUAAUGUAACUAAAAAAACAUCGAUAACCAGUUUCGAUUUCAGCGAAUGUCGGGCUAAAUUUAAUUCCGUCGAACAUGACGAUGUUAAAAUCAAAAGAACUAAGUCUAGAUCUAGGGAGGAUAAGAAGAGUGUUAAACGGAGCGAGUCCUUCCAAAAUUCGGAAAAAGGAUCGCGUCAAAGGGAAUACAUAGAUAGCAUGUUCUUUGAAACACAGAAUCCAACUGAAUCCGGUCAGAGAUCGAACAACCGUGUCGACGAAAUAGUUAAUUUGAUCGAAUCAAAGAAAUUGACCAAGAGUUUGGAUAGAAUCGAUGAAGGCUUAAACUCGAUGGUCGAUAUUGUCAUGACGUCGGAGCCCAAGAAGCCCAUCUGGUCGUACGAAAGGAGACAGAGAUCUUGUUCCAGAACAAGCAGUGACGCUGGCAACGAAUCUCCUCUCCUACCUCUAACGAGAUCGAAUAGCAAAAUACAGACUUACAAUACCAAAUCGAGUUUCAAGAAUGAGAAAAUCGAACCCAAGCUAUUGCCACAGAAGAAUUUUGAUAAUACUAAUUUUAAUAACGCGUUUAUUAUGAAAAGGGGUAGUAAUUCGGUUUUCUAUUCGGGUACUUUGCUUAGAGAAGCGCCCGCGAGUAUGACUAGUUUGGUGAUGACGGGCACACAUAGUUACGGCGAUUUGAAGAAAACAAUAUCGCCAGUAGGAUCUGUGGGUAGUUUUGGAAUGAAUAAAGUAACUGAUAUGCCUUCGGGACUAUACUAAGAUGUUUUUUAUUAUUUUACAGUAAUUUAUAGUUACCGGCGCGAGUGUUGAGCGCUGAUCGUCAACUUGACUUUGACAUUUUAUGGAUAUACAAAAUUGUUUUU